UGAUGGACCAGUUCCCCACUCUCCGUCGGAGACGAGUCCUCGUACAGGGUGUUGGCUGUAUAUUGUGGUACUUUUUAGGGCUGAUUCUAUGUACACAGGGAGGAAUAUAUGUGUUUGUUGUGUUGGACUGGUACAUUGCCUUCGGUGUUCCCAUGCUUGCUUUCAUUGAGUGCGUCAUCAUCGGUUGGAUAUACGGAGCUGAACGAUUCUCUCGUGAUGCAGAGUUAAUGCUAGGAAGGGGAAUUCCAGUCCUAAUGAGGAUAGCGUUGACUUUCAUCGCCCCGAGCAUACUUCUGACAAUCGCUGUUUCCACCGUAGCAACAUACAAACCUCCCACGUAUGGUAAAUACAAGUUUCCGUACUACAUAACUAUAUUUGGCUUCCUACUUGGGCUGUCGACACUUGUACCUGUCAUCGUUGGAGCGGUCAAAGCGAUACGGAGUUCUCAAGGAAAAACAUUCCUCAAGAGGGUUGUAAAUGCAAGCAAACCAUCAGAAAACUGGAAACCAGCCUCACGUAAACAUGCCCGAGAUUAUACAUACGAUGAGCUUAGUAACUAUAAAAGCUUCUACAGCAGAAUGAAGCUAAAUAUUUUUGGACCAGGAAACACGGAAAAGUGGAUUUGACACUGGAACUUUAGAACGCAUCAUACCAAGUAACCUCGGAGUCCUGAAACUUAUCAGU